AAAAUUUAUCCAAAACUACCAAAACCAUAUCAAUUCUUCCAUCACUAAGGCAACAGUAGCAGUAGCAGCAGCAGUAGAAGGAAGGAGAAGAAGAACAUGCUUCUUCUGCCCCCACUUCCUCCCACUCGCUUCCCUUCGAUUAACGUCUUCUCCCCAAAUUUGCGUCAUCACCACUUUUUUCCGUUACCACCAAUCACGCUCUUCACUACAGCAGUCACAAGCGCCACCACCAUCGCUACCACUUCCUCUUCACUAGACAAUUGCAAUUCUCUUCACAACCGUCGCUACGAUUUCGAUCCUCUCAUUCGAUUCCUCUCAUCCACUACCGCUUACUCUACCACCUCCGACACCGACUCCGAUUCCGAUACCGAUUCUCCCACCUCUCUCGACCCUAUCGAACUCCGCCUCGCCGAGUCCUACCGCGCUGUCCCAGCCCCACUUUGGCACUCCCUCCUAAAAUCUCUGUGUUCUUCUCCUUCCACUCUCGAAACCGCCUACGCCCUUGUCUCAUGGCUUCAGAGACAUAACCUUUGCUUCUCGUACGAGCUAUUAUACUCUAUUCUCAUUCACGCCCUCGGCCGCUCCGACAAGCUCUACGAGGCAUUCUUGCUCUCUCAACGCCAGAUCUUAACUCCUCUAACCUAUAACGCCCUUAUUGGCGCAUGUGCCCGCAAUGACGACCUUGAGAAAGCCCUGAAUUUGAUGUCUCGGAUGCGUCGCGACGGCUACCAGUCCGAUUUCGUCAAUUACAGCCUCAUAAUCCAGUCACUUACUCGCACUAACAAGGUGGACUCGUCGGUAUUGCAGAAGCUAUAUGGGGAGAUGGAGACAGAUAAGAUUGAGCUCGAUGGGCAGCUUCUGAACGACCUCAUUGUGGCAUUCGCUAAGGCUGGGGACCCAGACCGGGCAAUGUUCUUCCUAGCCAUGGUUCAAGGCCAAGGGUUGAGCCCCAAGACUGCCACUCUUGUUGCUGUAAUCGCUGCAUUGGGGAAUUUGGGCCGGACUGAGGAGGCCGAAGCAAUUUUCGAAGAGAUGAAAGAAGGGGGAUUGAAACCGAGGACCAGAGCAUAUAAUGCGCUUCUUAAAGGCUAUGUGAAGACGGGUUCUUUGCGAGAUGCUGAAUCGAUUGUGUCUGAGAUGGAGAGAGGUGGGUUGUCACCGGAUGAGCAUACUUACAGUCUUUUGAUUGAUGCUUAUGCCAACGCUGGCCGGUGGGAGAGUGCAAGGAUUGUUCUCAAAGAAAUGGAGGCCAACAAUGUACAACCCAAUUCAUAUGUAUUUAGUAGGAUAUUGGCCAGUUAUCGGGAUAGAGGGGAGUGGCAAAAAUCAUUUUCGGUUCUCAAGGAGAUGAGGAGCAGCGGGGUACGUCCUGACCGGCACUUCUAUAAUGUAAUGAUUGACACUUUUGGGAAGUACAAUUGUCUGGAACAUACGAUGGCAACAUUUGAACGGAUGCAAUUGGAUGGAAUUCAGCCUGACACAGUUACAUGGAACACACUUAUUGAUUGCCACUGCAAGUCUGGGCGCCAUGAUAGAGCUGAGGAACUAUUUCAGGCAAUGCAGGAAAGCGGGUGCUUGCCAUGCACCACAACGUACAAUAUCAUGAUUAAUUCGUUGGGGGAGCAAGAGAAGUGGGAAGAGGUGAAGAGCUUGUUGGGGAAGAUGCAGAGUCAAGGAUUACUGCCUAACGUUGUCACUUAUACCACACUUAUUGACAUUUACGGGCAAUCAGGAAGGUUUAAGGACGCAAUAGAGUGCUUGGAGGCCAUGAAAUCUGCAGGAUUGAAACCAUCCCCAACCAUGUAUCAUGCCUUGGUCAAUGCAUAUGCACAAAGAGGUUUGUCUGAACAAGCAGUAAAUGCAUUUAGGGUCAUGAGGGCUGAUGGCUUAAAGCCUAGUGUUUUAGUUCUCAAUUCAUUAAUUAAUGCAUUUGGUGAGGACAGAAGGGAUACAGAAGCUUUCGCUGUAUUGCAGUACAUGAAGGAAAAUGACUUGCAGCCAGACGUAGUUACAUAUACUACCCUUAUGAAAGCUCUCAUCCGGGUGGAGAAGUUUGAAAAGGUUCCGGCUAUCUAUGAAGACAUGAUUCUGUCUGGCUGUACUCCAGAUAGAAAAGCUAGAGCAAUGCUGCGAUCUGCUCUUAGAUACAUGAGGCAGACAUUGAGAAGAUGACAGAGAAUACAUGAGAAAGUCCAGAAAAACAAAUUUUGACGAUUUUUCUAUUUGGUUUGAGCUUCCGAAUGCACACAAUCUGAAUAUAAUCCACCAUUUGAGGAUCAAUUGAUUCACAUUGGGUUCUUAUGAUGAUCUCAGACAGAAUUCGACAUUUCAACUUCAAAUACGACUCUUGUUUCCAGGGAAAGAAAAGAGGAUGCGAUACACACCCCAAAAAUCAAAAUACAAAUCUGAGCAUUUGUUUGUUUUUGUCUUACACCUGUUAGAUACACAUGCAUGUACAUGACCCCAGUACUUGACACCAUCUUGUAUCAUACGGUGGAAGAAGCAGCAAAAAUACUGACUUCUGAUCAAGUGGUCAUGUUAUAUCAUACAAUGAAAGAUAUCACUGAAAAAAGUAGCAUCUUCUAGUUUCGCAUGAAGACUGA